AAUAGGGGAAGCCGAGUGCCGCGACCGUAGCGUAGCCCGCGGAGCACCGGAGCAGCGAGUCUCGGGGCGGGGGAAGGACGGCAGCCGGGGCGGCAGGAGGGCGGAAAUAGAAAUGAGUAACCGAGAAGAAGCUGAGAUACAAAUUUCUGAAUUAGAUUUACUCUCUAGCAUGUUUCCUUAUGAAGAGGAGUUCAUUGUGACUGACCAGUUGGCUGUAGCAGAACUGAAACAUUAUGUUGAAAAUCAGUGUGCAGAGGUGCCAUCUUCAAAAGUUCAAUUUAUAGUGAAUGUAAAGGCAGAGAUCCCUGAGGCGUCUACGGUGGAGUUUUCUAUGUGCUGUGCUUUACCAUUUAAAUAUCCAUCUGUUCUACCAGAAAUCACUGUGAGGUCACCCCUAUUAAGCCGCUCUCAGCAGAUUCACCUGAACUCUGAUCUAAAAACAUUUUUGAUGCAAAACUGCAGUGGUGAGCCUUGCAUGUUGAGUGCAAGAGAAUGGGUUAAAGAUCAUGCAGUUGCUUACAUUGACAAAGAGGUUUCAUCUUCCUCAGUGACGACAUCAGAUACUAUGCAGUCAGAAGACACCAUUUUCACUAGAUUAUGGAUCUACAGUCAUCAUAUCUACAACAAGCAAAAAAGAAAGAAUAUUAUUGACUGGGCCAAGGAGCUCACUCUGUCAGGGUUUUGCAUGCCUGGGAAACCAGGUGUUGUUUGUGUAGAAGGUCUGCAGAGUAGUUGUGAAGAGUUCUGGUCAAGAAUUAGAAGAUUAACAUGGAAGAGAAUUUUAAUUCGUCACAGAGAAGAUGUUUCUUUGGAAGGUGGAGGAUGUGAUGAGAUUCAGAAACAAAGAAAGUUCUCUGCUUUGGAAGAAAAAUGUUUUGAUGCACAUGGUUCCAGAGGAAAUCAUAUGGAUUUAGGUCAGCUGUAUCAUUUUUUAGAAGAAAAAGGAUGUGCUGACAUUUUUCAAAUGUACUUUGGAGUUGAAGGACAUUAGAUUGCUACAGGUCCAAGUGCCUAUGUUUGUAAAUUAAUCCUUUAAGAGAUUCUGUAGCUAUUCUGCAACAGUUGAUCAGCAAAAGGAAUAAUAAUUUUUAGUUUGUAUGAUAAAUGCAGUUUUCUAUGAAAACGAAUAUUCAGUGAAAUCUUGAAUAAUGAAAAUGACUAAAUGAAUGCUUUUAAUAUAGCAUUGGGUUUUAAGAUUGUUAGAAUAUAUCCCUAAUUAUAAAGACAGAAAAAAUGUUUGAUAACCUACUGGGCAGAGUUCCAGAACGUGGAAUUAAAGUGAAUAAAUACCUGACUAGGAAGAGACAAAAAUGAAGUGUAGCCAUCUCAGGAAAGAAAUACUGAUGUUUACAUUACUUAUUACUCUAUUUAUGUACACUACAUGAAGACUUUUUAGUAACAGUGUUUGUUUCUUUCUGCCUGGAAGCAUAUUCUGUCAUGGUAUUAAUGUGAAAGAAAAGAGAAGGGCAGCUUCACAAGUCUUAGUCUUGUAAAGCUAGGAUACUAGUUUGUUUCACUGAAGCUAGGAUAUCUACUAACAAGAAUUUUCCAUAGAUAAAAAUAUGUGUACAGGCAAGAAUGAGACUGUGGUACCUCCACUACUUUUGUGGCUGAGGAGUCUAGUUGGUUGAUUACUCAUGUUACAGUAGAAGUUGGUUGAUUACUCAUGUUACAGUAGAAGCUUACCUAGGCUCGGGCUCCCUUACAGUACACUCCAAAAUAGUAAAACAAUCCUUACCAUACUGAGUUUACAAAUUUGCAGUGGUCUAAUUUAAAGUGCUAAUUCAAUGCUGCAUAAGCUUUUGAAUCUGAUUUCAACAAAUUCAUAUUCAAGAUAGGAAGGCUAUUUUUUUUUCCUUCUGCGUUUAUGGUUUCUCUGUCUAAAUCACGUACGUGUCAUAAAAAGCAGACACAGGUUACUACUGAUGUUAAUAUUACUGUGUAAAUCCAGUAAAAUUACCUUUCAGAUCUCA